ACCACACUAAAAUUCAAAAAGUAGAAAAACAAAAUAGCACCCCUUUAAGAUAAUUACAACAUGACAUGAACACACCUUUACUGCCAUGGGCUAUAUUUAAAUAAAAAAAAUAUAUAUAAUGCAAAAACAAAUGUCUUGCGAAAAGCCCGAAGUCAGAGGCCAAAAGUUGGCGAGGGAAAAUUUCUGUUACUUUAUCGCAGGUUUACAUUCAGGUGUUCACAAAUACAGUGACUUGACUUCAUUUUGAGUAAAUAUGGAUAUGGGUAUGGUACUUUCACGAUGUUUGUUUUUUGACAGAUGUGGUUCUGCUAUUUUAUCAAGUGAAUGGUGUGGAGAGUAUUUCAGCAGUGAGAACUCAUUCACGCCUGUACUUUGGACAACCAUCCAACAAAUCCAAACGCCGCAAAACAGUCUGUUCCAGUGCUGCAGGUGUUCAAGAAAGAGCUUUUUGUUGUCAUGUGUGCUCAAGGAGGAAUUACAUCUGAGACGCCUUGAAGGUGAAAAGCCGUAUCUGCUUCUUCAAAUCUCAACUGUGAAGACCACAUGAGGAACUGUUUUAUUUUUAUAAAGGCAACGUUAUAAUAAAUAGAACAUUUGCUCUCGCCUGUUCGUGUCUGACUGUUCGCGAUGCCGCAAAGUCUGGUUCCAAGACCAAAACCGGCGGUGGUAUUUAUAGCAUUUUUUUUACCGAAAAUGAGCCGCAGACAACAGAAGUGUUUGAGGAAGAUUUGCCAAGUACAUUUCAGGAAAUGCUGGUCAAAUGAAGCGGCGUUUUGAGCGGGUCAGCAGCAGAUGUUGUCGUGCGUGCGGAGCUCAGAUUGGCGUUUGGGGAUUUCCAUGUGACCAGUCUCAGAAGAGUCCACUUCCUCUCUCUGUGUGUCUGUGAGCCGCCGCAGCACUGCUUUUGAUGAGAACAACAUUAACACCGAAGUGAGAAGCCGCCAAGACCGAAGCGCUCGCACAUCACGAACGACUCGGGACGUGUCGAGUGACUAAAGGUCACACGGUGAAGAAGAGGCUUCUGAAAAAUUCCCAGUAGUGAAAAUCCAUGUCUGUGAGAAUCUGAGAGUGCUCUUAUUACAGUGUACAGUAUAUAGCUCGGCCAAAACUGAUCCUUCGGUCUUUACUUGACUGAACGAAUCAUAAAGUAGAAAGGAACCUGCUGCGACGACGAUUCGUCUCAUGAAAUGUGUGUGAGCGGCUUCAGCGCUGCGGCCCGAACUACAGAGAAACACAAAGCAGCUUCUUAAACAACAUCCUGUCGCUAUGACAACCGAGAAGAAUUAAGCUCUUUCUAUUUGGAGAAACUCUUACAUAACCCACCACUGUAUGACUAACCAUUUCAAUUUUACAACUCAAAUCCCUAUUUGAUUCAUAUUUGGCUGGGACUCAGAACGAUAAUAAGUGAAAUUCUGACAAACAACCAAUUGCACAGACCACACAUGCCGCUGAUUUACUAUUAUCUGAGAUCACUGCAUGUUUUUCAUCGUCGGUCCGCGGUGUGUGUGUCACCGCAAAACCAUCUGGAAUCAAACCCGUGAAUCUCUGAGGAUGUUUGGGGUCUCUGUGAAACAUUUGGGCAUGUUCCCACACUCUGCUCGGAUCAGGAGGGUCGUGUGAGGAGUAUCGCCGAGCGGAUCGUGUCAGAUCACACGACAGCACCGUCACUCAUCUGAACUCGACCCGCGUGAGUCCUGGCGGAGGAAGAGUGCCGCGUCAGAGGCGGAUGAGGAUGAAGCCGGGCUGGAAUGAGCGGCGGAGGGAUCUGUGUUGAUGCGCUCAGGCCAUCCGCUCUUCCGCCCAGUUUUCCGAUGUGAUUCGUCUGCGCUGAAAAUGGAGUUCGCGUAAAGCAGAUCCCUCAAACUUCCCAGCGAGAAUUCCCAUCGUUCGGCACGUUAGCGCAACGCAUUCCGUCCCGAUUUUAGACUGUCGUCCACCUCCAGCCUUCCCGUGCGCGCUGAGGGAGCUAAAGCAGCCCGGUGUUCGUUCGAUCGCUGAAAUUCUGCCGUGUGAAUUUAUCGCCUGAUCGCUUCGUGUGGAUUUUCCAAACUCGCUUUCGCUGGGAUUUUGGGAUUUUUGUCGGGCCAGGAUGAGGAAGACGCCGACAGUUUCCCCGCUGGAUGUGAUUUAUCGCCCAGAUGGGUCGAAGUGUUGCUUUCACUGCUUUCAUACACCCUUCCCGUUCUGAAUCCAGUGUUUUGGCUUCUCGUGCAGCAUGCUCGACUGCAGAUCGGAUCGCUUUUUCUCAAUAAUGGCCUUUCGUGGUGCUUUCACCGAGAAAAUGGAGAUAUUUGCGCUUUAUUUCCCCGCCGAGAGUGCGAGCUCGAUGGUAUUUCCAGGAUUUGCAUCCCCGUGAGAAAAAAUGAGCGAAGAAUCAAAUCCAAACAGCGAUGAGAGUUACGCGCGUGUGAGAGCGGUGGUCAUGACUCGCGAUGACUCCAGCGGCGGAUGGCUUCCUCUGGGCGCCGGCGGCCUCAGCUGUGUCACCGUGCACAAGGUCAGCCGGACGGAGGCCGACGGCACCAGCGGAGCGGAUUUCCUCAUCCACGGAGAGCGGCUCAAAGACAAAACGGUGCUGCUGGACUGCGUCAUCAGGAGGGAUCUGGUGUACAAUAAGGUCAAUCCCAUCUUCCACCACUGGAGGAUCGGCAACAUGAAGUUCGGCCUGACCUUCCAGAGCCCAGCGGACGCCCGGGCCUUCGACCGCGGGAUACGGCGAGCCAUGGAGGACAUUAAACAAGGUGGCGCACCGUACAGCGACUCAGACGCUCCUGAAGACGCCUCGUCACAGGAGACUGUGUCUGUCGGUACGCCGGAGAGAGACGUUUUUUGUUCUCGUGGUGUCGUGUCCACCGAACCCUUCCGCAGCUCUUACAUUCGAGCUCAACCCUUUGAUGAGGCUCUUACUGCCAGCCAGCGGUUCCUGCCUCCACAGGUCUCCUUCAACACCAGGCGUCACGUGAGCUUUCACAUGGACGAGGAGGAGAUCGUCCGCAUCAACCCGCGGAAGGACGUCCUCAUCCGAGGCUACGAGGACUACCGGCACCCCGUGCUGUGGAAGCGGGACCCGGAGCGCGAGGAACCCGACGCCUCCGCAGCCUUCUCCAAGCUGGACGGCAAGAUGUGCGAGUACCUGUACGGCGAGGGAGCGGGGGGCCACGCCGGCGGCAAGGACUCGGUCAAGACGCAGCAGCCGGCGGCCCUCGGCAAGGGCAAGGCGUCCCGGCGGCGGCGCGAGGACGGCGAGCGCUCGCGCUGCAUCUACUGCCGCGAGAUGUUCAACCGCGAGGACAACCGGCGGGGUCAGUGCCAGGACGCGCCCGACCCCAUCAAGCAGUGCAUCUACAAGGUGAGCUGCAUGCUGUGUGCCGAGAGCAUGCUGUACCACUGCAUGUCCGACUCGGAGGGCGACUUCUCGGACCCGUGCUCCUGCGACACCAGCGAGGAGCAGUUCUGCGUGCGCUGGCUGGCGCUGCUGGGUCUGUCUCUGCUGGCGCCCUGCAUGUGCUGCUACCCGCCGCUGCGCGCCUGCCACCGCUGCGGGGAGGCGUGUCGCUGCUGCGGCGGCAAGCACAAGGCCGCGGGCUGAGCCGGCCCGGCCGGGCGCUGUUUUCGUUGGCCCGAGACGGGCGAAGCGUCGCUCACCGCUCGACUGGAGCUCGUGGAGAGAGCGGCCGAGCGCGGGCGUCGGCGGAGCCGCGCCGAGGAGCCGCCGACGCGAGGAGGAACGUCCUCGCCGCACGGACGCGGGCGGGAAGCUUCACGCGUCCCGAGCGGCGCGCGUCGCGUGUAACUAUGUGAAGAAAUUAUAAUAAUAAUAAUAAUAAUGCUAUCGUCGUGUCUUGUACAGAGAUCUAACACAUGUACGCUAAAGGGAUUUCUUGGCUUUUUCGUGCAGUUAUUAACCGUGGCCUUUUCUUUUUGACGCUGUCAUCGCUAGACGGACAGAUGCACUCAAAGUGUUGAAACGGUACUGACUCCUGUGCGUUUCCUAAAGCGGAGCGCCGACCUUCUCGACCGAACAGGCACUUACUUACGAUCCCACACGCCCUGACGCUCCUGCUCCAGACUUAAAACCCUGAACGGAGGACGUCUCCUGACAUUAUUCUCACGGUGGAAUAUAAGUGUUCAUUUUACAUGCAUGUUUAUGUUGAUGCAGAAUCUUGUUUUGACUAAUAAUCAGAUGUUUUGUGCAAAGAUGAUCUGUCAGUGUUGUGGGAAAGCAAAACGGUUUACUUUCUAUGCAAGUGUUUCCACGAGACGCUCUCGGACCUCCGGCCGUCCACGCCGACGCCGGUACGUAUCGCGGUUGGAUUUCGCAGCGUUAUGUACAUAGGUCACGUGUUAAUAUUGUUUCACAUUGAAAAGUAGUGGAGACGGUGAAAAUGACGUCUGAGGUUUUAAUCGAGAUUCUCUCUAGUUUUGUAUCGACGGACGACGGUAAAUAGUGCGCGGAACAAACGUUUUGAAGCUCGUCUUAUGAAGCUGCUAGAAACAAUCACUAACUGCGUCGCAAGAUUUAAUCGGAUGACUGUUAAUCGCUAGCUCUCCAGUGUCGUUUAACCCUCGCCGGGCUUCUGUGUCGCUUUCUCUCGUGAAUCGCCGGCGUCUGCGGAGAACCGGUCGGAUCGGCAUUUCUGCGGUUCGCACAGACGGUCUUCCAUCUCGCCGACCGUGCGACAGCUUACCCGUGUAACGUUCGUGUGACUACCGGUUUAAUCGCGUGCUGCUAUCGUUUUCUUUCUUUUUUCGUUCGUGCUCUAGUCAUGGAACUAUAACUCUGGAAUGCAUAACAUACAGUGUUGGCUCUUUCUCUCGGUCCUGUAGUCGUGUGCCAGCGCUUCAGUGCUCGUGUUCUUGAUUCUGCAGUAUAUCGGUGGUUUUCUGAGCCUGUGAACUCGUUUAGUUUUAGUGCCAUCGCCUUCGUUCUCCUCCAUCUGAAGAAGUGCCUCACAUCCGCCAUAGACUCGUAACGCUCACGCUCCGCUUCGAUCGAUUUAUAUCUAUGUAUAGGUAUUUCUAUCAUGGUUUGAAAAUACUAAAUAUAUGAUGUAAUAUUUAUAGUUCCGUAA